AUGGCGACCGUGCUCUGUCCGUCGCUGGUUGCACUCGAUCCUGUACCUUGUAACGACCCAUCAUGCAGCGCAUCGCACACACACACCCCAGCCUUUUGCGACCCAUGUAAAGCGGUACACGCCCAAGUCCACUCGUCGAUCCAUCUGGCCAGCGUCGGCCACAGACUACGCGUCGAGGGCCCCGUAGCGCCUGUCCGGUGCAUAGUAUGCUGUCCACUCGGCCAAGAGCCCACUGCGCAGUUUUUGUUCGUCGGUCCCGAGCAUUAUGCGGUCCAUGCACGCACCUCUGCCCACCGAGCACGUCUAAGCAAGCUCAAGCCUGAGCCGAGCGUUGGCAUGGGACGACCCAGCUUUGACCGACCGUAUGCGUCUCGGGCCUCUACGUCCAUGGUUCCCCCACGGAGCAUGACGUCCCCUGGUCCCGGCUCGCGUCCCUCGAGUAGCAUGUCCUUUGACGGCGGCGCAGCGAAUGCUCCCCCAGGUCCCUCUCCCCACCGUUUGGCAGAUACCGAAUACGUUCUAUGCGCGUUAUGUCAUACUGUCUUGCCCGUUCCUCCGGUGGAUUUAGCCUUCCUGCGCGAGCAUGGGAAACCUACGAACCGAGUCGUCAGCCAUAGCUCAGAUGCCACCGUCAAGGAUAGCAGACCUCGACGACGAAUCAAAGAUGAUGAAGAUGAGACGAGCACAGUUCUGACCACGACUGAUCCCCAGGCCGAGAUUGAGACCCGCAAAUCCCUCGUCCUCGCGCAUCACAACGCCCACGAUACCGAACAUGCUCGGCGCUUACGAUUCCCUAGGUUCAAAGAGGCAUGGGAGAGGAGAAUGAAGAAGCAGGGCACUCUUGACGGUACUCCAGAUCCCGAGCCCGAAGACGAGGAAGAACAGGUCGAGCCCGAACAGCCUCCCUCUCGUGCCAUUUUAUCGCCUGGUCAGAUCGCUGCCUCGCCUUCGCAGCUCAGCCUCAGCUCCCUUAGCGCGUCACCCAGUGUGGCGGUCAUGGGCCUGGAUGGAGAAGACGUCUAUGCGACAUACGGUCGGGCCCUCAAGGCUUUCGAGGCGCGUUCGGCUGUGGGUAUCACGGCUCCCCCUCCCCCUCCUCCCCCGCCCAAAAAACGCGACGACGACGACGAGUCUAUUGUCGAUUGGGAGUCCCGCCUCAGAUCUUCCGAGUCUCCGCCCCAGGCCUCUUUCCAGCUUCCUCCACGCGCUCCAUCCUCCCAGGCCCAUAGUGUUUCGUCCGCCUCGACAACGUUUUCCUAUGACUCUAUGGGCCGCCGGUACGUGAGAGGUGAAAACGGACGAGCUUAUCGCGUAGAUGCCGAUGGCCGAAUGAUCAUGAACGGUGCGUCGGUGCCCGUCCAGAUCCCCUCGAACCUUUUGCCUAGUCUGAGCCCCAUGACCCAUUCCACAGAUUUAGAUUCUGAACCUGACAAGCUCAGUCUGGACGAGAGAGGCUUUAGGGAACCUGGUCCCCCACCUGCAUUGCCCGGAAAGACGACCUCGAGGUUUUCAGAGCCCGGUCCCCCACCGCCUCUACCCAGAGCUGGGUCUCGUACUUCUUCUCCUGCGCCCGGAGUCGUCAAGCCUCGAACGUCUUCGCCUCUUCCCCCAUCAGCUCCUGCCGCCAAGUUCUCGCCCGCGGCUAAACCCAUGCCAUUCAACCACCCCCACCACCUCGCCCUCCCUCUGCACCCAUCCCACGCCGGUCGGUCUCGGUUUCGUCGGCCGGCAUCUCAGCCAUAUAUGCCUUCUCCCUCUCCUCCCCCGAGACUCGCAUUCGACACGUACGGGAGAGUGCUCAAGCUGGGCAUGCUCGGCUGGGAGAGGGAUUCGAGCGGAGUGUUACAAUUGGGUCCGCAAUCGAAUGAGGGUAGUGCGCUCACUUCGUCUGCCCCGCCUUCGACUUCGUCUGUCGUGGCUCCCUCUGCGCCUGCCUCCGAGACGAGCUCUCAGCCUUCCGUUCAAGAGGAAGAGGAAGAGGAACAACCGCCUUCACCUCCCCGCUCGCCCACCCCUGAACCAGAGCCAGAACGUUCUCGCGCGCCAUCGCCUAUUGGUACAGAGGUUGGCGUCCCGAGGGGUGUAGCGACCGUCUUGGCCCCUCAGAGGUACACACUUAUUCCGGGCCGGAGUGAAACGAGUUCAACGCCUGCUACGAGCCCACCCCCCUCUCAGCUUUGGCGCGCAGCAAGCUCCCAACUCGGGUUUUCGGGCAGCGCAAAUUCUCAGCUCGGCUUUGGCGGCGCCACACUCAACUUUGGAACCGGACUCGAAAAGGGGCUCGUCAGCGGCCUGGGGCUCGAGACCGUCCCGUCCCACCUGGCGAGCACACUCGGAGGAUCCAUUUCCCGGCCGGCACACGGGCGAAGCGCGUCCGCGUCGGUGAGAAGCUCGAGCGCCCAGCCGUCGUUCCGGACUCCCGAGCCCCCCGUCCGGAGCUUUUCGGUCUCGCAGCCGGUCCGGACGACGAUUCUCCCUGCGCGGGUCGAGCGCGAGGUACCCUCGAGCACUGCGGCUACUGGAAACGGGCAAGCCCAGUCGAGUGGGGCUGUUACGGCGGGGUAUACGCCACCGUCGUUGUAUCAGUCUACGGGACCGACGACGCGCUCGAUUCGUCCGGUCGUUGCUCGCAAGUCGACGGGCGAGUGGGCGCGGUUGGAGGGCAAGGAGGGUGAAGGAGUCGCGGUCGGGGCUGGUGUUUCUGGUCCUGCUGCUGGAGGAUGGAAGAACCGAAGCGGCAGCGAGAGCGAGGGCGGAGACAAGAGUCAUAGCGAGGCCAGCCAGUUGAUUCGAGAGUUUAGCGGCAAGGCUCCCAAGCCGGCGGAGGCUCCGAAAGUAGUCGAGGUUCCCAAGGCGGUUGCCGAAGCUCCCAAGCCAGCUGUCGACGCGCCCAAGCCUACAGUCGGAGCACACAAAGUGACGGUCGGAGCGUCCAGAGCACCAGUCGGAAACAGUAAUGGCAAUGGCAACGGCCACGCACGAGUCAUCUCACGCACGAGCACCCUGCCCUCACGAACGACCGCCCGAGCCAUUUCGUCCAGCCCGACCCCCAUGCCCGCUCCAGCGCGGAACCCGUCCAGCUCGUCCAUCCUCGGCAACGAGUCGAUCUACGCCACGACCAGCCGCCGGACGUUUGGCCCAUCCGGCGCGGAACCCACGCGCGCAUUUAGCCCCUCGGCGGCCUGGAGCUCGCUCGCGCCCGCGAGUCCGCGUUCGCAGAGCACACAAUCUGAAGUAGAUGAGUUUGGGAGUUUUGAUCAAAACGUUGAAGUUCAGCCAUUUGACGAGAAACAAUUCUUGGCGGAUUUGGGGUUCGGGAUUACCAUUCCUCCUCCCAAGGUUAGGGGCCCUCCCUCCCCCAGCGAAGAGGGGUCGCCUGUAUAUGAGAGAGGCGGUUCUCAAGGCAAGGGAAAAAGCCCAGCUUCGGCCAAAACUUGGAGUCCGGCGUCAGCAAAGGGCAAGAGCCCCGGGCGUGUCCAAGAUGUCAAAGGCAAAGGACGAGCCGUAGUGCCCUCGGACGACGAAGAAGAGGGCGACGAAACGCAAGGAGAAGAAUCGUUGCCUCCUUCGCCUGUUAAGAGAAGAGCUUCGGCUCCUUUUGUUGGGACCACCACGACUAGACGUCAGAUUUCGCUUGGUCCUCGUCAGAGUCUUCCUACUUCCAUUCCCGCUCCUGUUUCUGCUCCUGCGCCUGCUCGCGCGGAGACCCCACCCCCAGUCACUCCUGUUCGUGCUAUUCCUCAAAGUUCGCCCCCAGAACAACCCACUCGACGCGUUACGAUCCGAGCUCCCGAGCCGGUUCUCAAGUCGACUGGCCCUAUUGCUCAGCCUCUCCCUGCCCCGUCGAAUCCCUCUACACCUGCUCCAAAGCCAUCCACUCCUGUCGACAAGCCAUCCACUCCUGUCGACAAGCCAUCUAAAUUCGGGUUCAACUCUUCGACUCCCAUCUCACGACCUUCCCCUCUCACACGAGGCUCAACCAUCCGAGCGCGCGCCCCCUCCUCUCCAGCUCGCCUGCUCAACCCAAGCGAGCGCUUCUUCCAAACCGGUCCUCAAGACCCGCCGCGCUCGUCCGAUGGGAUCGUCCGUCGCUGGAUCGUUGUCUCUGGCUACGGGCGUUACGCUGGAUCGGUCGUGUCUGGAUACGAACGCGAGGGGUCGGUUAUUUCUGGAUACGACGGUGGAUCGGUCGUUUCUGGGUACGAUGAUGAUAGGUCUGUAGUUUCGGAGCGGGUGGACGACAGGUCGUUGUUUCCGCGGAUGGAUGACAAGUCUGUCGUGUCCGAGAGGGAAGAUGCCGAAUCUGAAGUUGGUGCGCCUCAUCCACUUGUGACUCUUCCUCCAUCUCUGCAAUUGCGGGCAUUGGAAUUGAUGAGUCCUUCGAGCGAUGCUCCCUCCUCGAUCGUUACGCCGCUCUCUCCUCAUAUGAUUCAAGUCCUCCAAUCCCAGGGAAUCAACGUCGACGAGCCCAUCUCUGAGGAGUCUGACAGAAGCAUGGAGGCAAUCGCCCAACACAUCGUUGGCAUGAACCUCCACGAGACGCUUGGGUCCCCCGAACCUAUUGGGAUUGAAAUCUUUGGACGUGUCGACUCUGGCUCCGAGCUUACAUCCCCAGUUGCUCCUCCUGGUGCCCCCUCGGAUGCAGGAUCGUUGUUCUCCCGUGUCGCGUCGCCCAAACCGGUCCCCGCUGUUGCGCGUUUGACUUUGGCUCCACGUUUGAGUAUGAUUCGUUCGGAGACCCCUGGAUCUACACGUACCAAGACACCGCCUGUUACUCCUCCCAAAGCAACUCACGUUUCUCCCCCUAAAGCGAGCGAUAUUACUCCCCCCAAGAACAGCCACAUCGUUACUCCUCCCAAAGGGCCCCUAUUCGCUCGAGGACUCGACAGCACUCCCAAGUCUCAGCGAUCCGCUCGUCCAGAAUCGUUCGCCGCCCCUGCUCAUCCCGAGUCGCCGCCAGAUGAUACGUCCAGGGACAAGCCGGCGGACCGAGCAGCAUCUUUUCCCGCGGACCAGAGUCGAGCUAUUCGUCCCACGAAGAGAAACCCAAGUUUCUUGGGCGGAAUGGAAUCUCAAGGACACAGUCAUUUCGGACUUGACUCUGCCGCCAUGCGUGUAGCCGAGAAUCCGAACGUAGAGCCGGAUAGUGAACCACCCACACCAACAUCGAGCGCGCCUCGGGUUAGUGAAAGGCCUUUGAGGGGACCACUUCCUCAACAACAACAAGACGCUAAUGAGGAAGAGGAAUAUGAUGAGGUAGAUCCAGAAGAGGCCGAGGGAGAGAAGAUGACGGGUGCGAGGACUGAAACUGCUGACGAUGAUGGGCUCGAUCACCUGACCGAGAGCAUUGGCGAGCCGUUUGGGCUCCAAGCUCAAGCUGAUACUCCACCAAACAUGGAACAAUCUUUCGAGUCUAAUCGUGCGCAAAACGGAGGCAUGCUCGGCUCUGGUCCGUUGUAUAGUUCCCCACGAGUAGUUUCGCCACCCCCGCUUCCAGAAGGCUUCGACACCCAAUUUAUCGAUCAUCGUACCCCAGAGGCCCAAGCCCCCAUGACACCAAACGAAAUGGAAGUGUUCCAGACUUAUGGAGGAGAAAUGGCGAUGCCUGAAGAGGUACUUGCCCUCCAGCCCAUCAUGUGUGAUGCAUGCCGCGCACCCAUGGCUGCCUCCAAGUGGUACGAGCAUAUCUCCAGAUCUGCGCACCGACGCAAUGCCGCGCACUAUGCUCAGUGGAAAUUCGAUCACCUUACUGCCCGCUAUCCCGAUGUCGACUCACGUGAACUCUGGGCGCAAGCCACCCGACUCGACCCCCGUGGGGCUCUCCCUACCGAGUACGCCUUUUGCGAGGUCUGCCAAGUCUUCCUUAUUCGUGGUGAUACAGACCAUUUCGAUGGGAAGAAACAUUUGAAGUGCUUAAAGGCGAUUGCGUUGCGCGAUGCGGAUGAGUUGGAGAGUGUGCGUGGCAGUGUUAGUGAGGAAGAGGAUGCGCCGCCGCACCGGCCUCCGAUGCUCGCGUCGCAAAGGGGUGUUGACUGGACUCAACCUCGCGCGCGGUCAACAGUGGGUGCGCGGAGCGCGCUUGGGCAUCGAGCAUUCCCGUCGGGCGAUGAACGGCACGAGACGAUUUGA